AUGAGUCGUGGCCUUUCCGUCAGAACUUCGCCCAAUGCAUCAACCACCACCAUGCACCUCCACUCGAGCCUCACAGCGACGGAACACAGCGCGUGUAGACCUGCUCUUCUCGAAGAGUCCUCAGCAUACAGGCUGCGCGCUACAAGCUUUGCGCUUCCUGGGAGCGGAGACCAGGCUGGGGAUGUGGGAAAUGGAGGAAUCAUAGACAGAGCCUUCGACUGGCAACCAGAAUCGCAGGGAAUGAACAUGUCAUACCACGAGCAAGGAAAGGAGAAGCAGAGCGCAAGGCACGUGUUCAACACCGAGCAAGGCGAGUAG